UGCCGCUGCGGCACUGAAACAAGCCAGGCGCCAGGCAGCAGCGCCGCUGCGCCAGCGUGUUGUGUUCCGCGGUGGAGGUGCGGUGCUCGUGGCCAAGGUGUACAGCUGAGGUUCCAGCACAUCGUACAUACCGUGUACGCCCACUCAAGGUGGAGUGAGUGUCUGGUAAAAUGCCUCCCACAAAGAAAGCCAAACGAAAAUCCAAGCCACCUGCCAAGCUUAAGGAGUUUCUCUGUGAAGAUAGCAUAGAAAAAGAACCUCGCAGAAGCAGAAGAACUCCAAAAAUCAGCGAAAAGUUGAAGCGAUACAUGAAUGAUAAAGGUGGUAUGGUAAAAGAGGAAGAUGAGGGGCAGGUAAGCAACUUGGUGAAAAAAGAACCUCAGAUUACAGUUUCAUCAGGACACCACCUAUUAGGAUCAAAAUACAGGGAACCUAAAGUUGUGUUGAAAGCUCUUCCCAAAUCUGUGCUACAGAAAGGAACAAGAAAAUACCCAUUAAACAAAAGAGAGGCUCGAGUGACUUUAAAGAGACUUGGAAACAGUGUUAGUAGAAAAAGUAAUAGAAUAUACACAUCAAAACUGCACAAACAGAAACCUGAUUUAACAAAGGCUGUUUCAGCACCUUCAAAAAGUUCAAAGGCUUCUGUACCAAAGAAAGAGUUGAGAGUUGAAUUGGAAGACAUUUCAGUCAAAAGACCACUACAGAAGAGAAAAGGAAAGCGCAAAAGAGUGAGUGGUGGAGAUGAAAUGCAGCCUAAGAAAAAAUCUGGUCAUGUGAGUCAAGGAGUGUCUGUCCACAGGGAUAAAGAUGAGAAAACUAAAGAAAAGGCAGACUCGCGAUUUGACCCAGAUGUUAUGAAAAAGUUGUUUAACUUUGGUGCAAAAGUUGAGGAAGCUUUGAAAUGGAAUAAAGAAGCAGUUGACAAAUUGACCAGGAAUAAUGACAAAGUACAGUCUACUCUUACUCAGGUGAUGAGUGAUGAGUUUAAAGAUAUUGAUGAAAAGGAUAUACUUAAUAUAUUAAAAUGGUUAGAAGAAGAGGAACGCCAGAGGAAGGAACACAGGCAAAAGGUCCUGGAGUCCUUGAGGGAAACUCAUCGCACCAAUAUUGCUUUGUAUUCACACAUGUUGAACGUGUUGCAGGCUGUUACAGCCAGUGGUUGAGUACGUCACUUGGGAGUUGUCAGGGAAAUUUGUUCUUUGUUUGUGUUAAAUUGCGUGUAGACAAAAUUUUGAUAGAGAUUCCAAAUACAAAUGAACCCAUGUAAAUGAAAAAUUACAUGAUUGUUUUUCUCUUAUUAUAUAGAUUGUGUUGGUACAUAAAUCACAUAAAUACUUAUCUUAUAGGCAUUUAGUUGGAUUGCUGAAAAAUUAUUGUUCAGUGAAUCAUAGAUUUUGAUAGUAAUGGUAGUGAAGGAGAAUCUUGCUGAAUUGGAUGUGCUCCAAGUCUUCAGUCACUUCCUGAACUCAAACCUGAGUAUUUAUCAAGUACCUGAUGUCAGUAUCAGGUGGUUAGAUGACAUUUUUUAAUAUUAUCCUUAAAUCCAUGUUAUAAAAGGCAUUAAAUUUAGUAACAUUAUCAAGUGAUCCUAAUCUUAAGAGUAUGUUCUGCAAGUUUUGCUCUUUUAUGAUGGAUAUUUGAAAAAAAUAAUAUAUUAAAGAAUAUGAAUUUCAACCAUGUUAAUCAUUAAUAAGGAUAUCAUUUUGCUACAUAACUUACUAUAAAUAGUGAAAAAUAUAUUUAAAAGUUUGUGAAAUUGACAUAAUUUUUUAUAAGAUCAUGUUUUGAAUAUUAAAAGCUGAUAUUAGUAAUCAAAUUAUUUACUUUAUUGAGAGAAGAAAAUCUAGCUAUUCUGAGUUUCUAAAAAUUUAUGACAAAAAAAAAUUGUCCUUGAUUUAUGCUUAGUGAUCAACUUUGUUAUGAAUGAAAGUGUUUCUCCUGAUACCAAAGCAGUAAUGAUUAAUUAGAGAUAAUGUUUUAGUACCUACCUCUAAAUGCAAAUUAAACAGACAUCUUGCACAGGGUGUUAUGGUGCAGAUUUUGUCAUGUUUGUCUUUAAAGGACUUGUCUCUUGACAAUCUAAAAGUAAGGUGAACAUUCUGUAUCAUAAACCUCAUUGCUGCUUUCACACUUCCUGAGAAUAAAGUAUGUAUGUAAAUUA